AGUAAGAGUAAAGCAGGUAGCGGACAGGAUCAGGUAAGACGAACAGCCAGCCAUAUUGGAAAGAGCCAAGCGUAGGUGACUUAUGCAGGUGAUUGAGUGGACCUCAAAUCCUAGGCUCUUGGAUUUCUUCAACCAGAAAAAAGCUUUAGAAGACCGAAAAUGCCGAAACCGAUCAGUGUUCGAGUUACAACAAUGGAUGCAGAGCUGGAGUUUUCCAUCCAACCCAGCACUACAGGCAAGCAGCUCUUUGACCAAGUAGUCAAAACAGUUGGCCUACGAGAGAUCUGGUAUUUUGGACUCCAGUAUAUAGACAACAAAGGAUAUCCAAACUGGUUAAAGCUUGAGAAAAAGGUAUCUCAUCAAGAUUUGAAGAAAGAAAAUCCUGCUCAGUUCAAGUUUCGUGCCAAGUUCUUUCCUGAGGAUGUGGCCGAGGAGCUAAUCCAGGAGGUUACUCAGAAGCUCUUCUUCCUUCAGGUCAAGGAAGGCAUUCUUUCUGAUGAAAUGUACUGCCCUCCUGAAACAGCUGUGCUGCUUGCUUCCUAUGCAGUCCAGGCCAAGUUUGGAGACUUCAGUGUGGAAACACACAAGACUGGGUACCUUACAUCUGACCGCCUGCUCCCACAGCGUGUCAUAGAUCAGCAUAAACUUACCCGAGAGCAAUGGGAGGAGAGAAUCCAGGUUUGGCACGAAGAACACCGUGGCAUGCACAAAGAGGAUGCCAUGUUAGAGUAUCUGAAGAUUGCCCAGGAUCUAGAAAUGUAUGGUGUUAACUACUUUGACAUCAAAAAUAAGAAGGGAACAGACUUAUGGUUGGGUGUUGAUGCUCUGGGUCUCAAUAUCUAUGAGAAAGAGGACAGAUUAACACCCAAGAUUGGUUUCCCAUGGAGUGAAAUCCGCAAUAUCUCAUUCAAUGACAAGAAAUUUGUCAUCAAACCCAUUGACAAGAAAGCACCGGAUUUUAUUUUCUAUGCUCCACGUCUAAGAAUAAACAAAAGAAUCUUGCAGUUGUGUAUGGGCAACCAUGAGCUGUACAUGAGGCGUCGAAAACCUGAUACCAUUGAAGUACAGCAGAUGAAGGCCCAGGCUCGUGAGGAAAAGCACAAGAAACAAUUGGAAAGGGCGCAGUUGGAGCAGGAGAAGCAGAAGCGGGAGAUAAUAGAGAAAGAAAAAGAACAGAUGGAAAAGGAAACUAGAGAUCUGAUGCUGAAGCUGAAACUGUACGAAGAUCAGACAAAGAAAGCUGAAAAGGACUUGGCUGAGCAGAUGCAGCGAGCAUGUGAACUGGAAGAAGAGAGGAGAAAAGUACAAGUUGAAGCUGAACAUCUAGAAGCUGAACGCUUGGAAGCUCUUCACGCAAAAGAAGAGUUGCAGAGACAGGCUGAGGAACAAAUGAAAAGCCAGGCGCAAUUGGCAUCAGAGUUAUCAGAAUAUACAGCCAAGAUUGAAAAACUAGAAGAUGCCAAAAGGAUGAAAGAGGAAGAGGCAAUAGAAUGGCAGAAACGGGCAAGAAUGGUCCAGGGUGAUUUGGAGAAAACAAAGGAAGAACUGCACAUGGUAUUAUCUGCCCCAGCACCACCCCCACCUCCACCGCCGCCUCCAAUCUACGAGCACCUGGAAGAGAUUGAACAUGAUGAUGCUGAAGAGAAUCAUUCCACGUACAGUGCUGACCUUGCAACUGAAGGCAUCUUGGAUCACAGAAAUGAAGAAGAGCGAGUGACCGAAGUGGAGAAAAAUGAACGAGUGCAACAGCAACUGUUGGUUUUGAGCAGUGAGCUUGCACAAGCCAGAGAUGAGAGCAAGAAAACGUCCAAUGAUAUAAUUCACAUGGAAAAUGUCCGAAAAGGUCAAGACAAAUAUAAGACGCUUCGCCAGAUCCGUCGAGGCAACACCAAGCAGAGGGUGGAUGAGUUUGAAUCAAUGUAAAAUAUCACUGACAGCAGUAUCUUUGCUUGUACAGGAUGAUAAUCUAUUUGAAGUAUUUACUUUUCCUGGUGAUCACUGGAGAAAACGGCUUGGAUUAUUUAGUAACGAGAUUGUUGGCCACAACCUGAAUUUUUUUCUCUCAAACUGGUUCUGCUAUACUUCCAUUUUUAUAAAAUUUUUGAAUGGUUUCUGUUUUGAGUUUCUUCCAUUUUUGCACAAUGAAAUGGAUAAUUGGUCACAUCCUGUAAACAUUUCAAUGUGCUGCAGUACAAAAAUAGUUUGCUUUGGGUGCCAAAUAUAGUUAACAAGCAAAUAUUGUUUUGGAUAGAGAAAGAAAUCAAUUUAUGUCCAAACGUUAUAGAUGAAAUGAUGAAGGUUGUGAAUUAGAGAACAGAAUUUUCACUGGAAGCAAGUUGCUUUAUUUCAUCACUUGAAUGCAGUGCCACAAGUCCAUGAUCGUUCAGGUGAAAAGAUGAUUUUGAAUAGUAUUUGCCACUCUGCAGAUGAGGAUUCCUAUUAAACCUUCCAAAUAUUAAUGGACACAUGGCCAUGUGUCUAUACUGAAAUAAUCAAUGGUAGAUACAUAAUUUAAACACUUUAGGUGCUAUCACCUUUCUCUGCAGAUGCAGAUUAUAAACUUAGGUUUUAAUGUAAUAUCAUAACUUAUCAAUGACAUUUGUGGGGAAAUGUUCCUGCUUUGUGUAUUCUUGCUCUUCAAAAAUUUGGGCUUCAACACUUGGAAGAUAUAAACAUUUAAAUGAAUAACAAUAAAUGAUAGUUCUGUGAUAUUAAAGAAAAUCUGACAUUUUAUAGAACUGAAUUGAUUUCUAAAUAUUUUAGGCCAAAUGGGUAAUAGAGCAUGUUUGUAAAAAUUCAAUAACAAGUAAAAUCUCAUGUUUUAUUUAAUCGGGACAACUAAAAGACAAUUACUGUAGCUAAAUAUGCCAACCUUUUGACAUUUUGAAAAUUUUUAUGUAAAGGUUUGUAAUUCAGCAGUAUUGUUGCAUGUUCUCCAUAUCUUUGAAUUGAAAUUGUUAUACUAUAUUAUCACUACACUUUCAUAAUAGUGUACUUAUCAGAAUGAUAACUCUGUUCCUCUGAUCUGUACUUUGGGUGUCCUGCACUUUGUACUAGUAACUCUCAUACUAAAUGUUCUUCACAAUGUUGAAUUGCAUCUAAUAAAGAUUUUGGCAAUGA